AUGGCGCACAUCUACCCGGACACCCCGCGCACCGCGUACGGCGACGGCGACCAGACGCGUCUUACGGCCGCCGACUUGGAUCUGGACAUGUCCAUCGAGCCGUCCUUCCACUCGCCCUCGAAGCACGGCGACGACCUCGUGCGCCAGAUGCGUGGCCAGCGCACCCCGCGCGGCCUCAAGACGCCCUCGGCCGGCCGCAACCCUCUCGUCGCCGGCCGCCGCCAACAACAGCAGCAGCCACCCGGCAAGCCCGAGUUCACCCCGCUGCUGAAGAGUGCGAUGAAGAACAGGAUAUCUAGCGCCUACGACAGGGAGCUCGGAGCCGCCGGCGGCGCCGUUGGCAACCCGGUCUUCAAGGCCGGCGUCCAGACGCCCGCUGCGCUGAAGCCCGGGUACAAGUUCGACAACAGCCCACUGCCCGAGGGCAGCUCCAUGUACGACGGCUCGUCGGCAACGGACAUGACCGAGCUGGCGGACCCUGCGCCGCCGGUUGCGAGCAGCAGUUUCAUGUCGACCCCCAUGGCGCUGCCGCGGUCGGGCGAGAUGGAUAGAGGGAACAUGCUCACUCUGCGGGAGCAAGAAGCAAAAAUCGCACAGAUCGACAAGGACAACUUCGGCCUAAAACUCAAGAUCCACUACCUCGAGGAGAACAUGAGACGCACCGGCACCGAGUUCCAGCAGAGCGCCCUGCAGGAGAAUACGGAGCUCAAGGUCGACCGUGCGAAGAUGCAGGUCGAGCUUAAGGGCCUGAAAAAGUCGCUACAAAAGGCUGAGAGGGACCUCGAGGAGUACAGAGUACAGCUGCAGGACUAUGCCGAAAAGGUCAAGAAGAGACAUCUCGACUCGAGCGCGCGAGAGGAAAUCGAGGAGUUGAGGAAUCUGGCAGAAUCGAGGGCGGCUGAGCUCGAGGAGCUUCAGAAGAAGGUCGACUCUGCUGACACGGAUAACGAGGAGGUGGAGAAGCUGCAGGGCGAAGUUGAGGAACUGGAAAAUGAGUUGCAGCAAAAGGAUCAGGAGCUGGAUGAGAAAGAUGAGCAGCUCGAGGAUCUCCGCGCCAAGCUGGAGACGGCUGAGGGUGGCGAUGGCGAUUCCGAGGACAAGCAACGGCUCAUAGAUGAGCAGGCCGACAAGAUCGACGAGCUCGAGGAUCAGGUUCGGAAAACCACCGCCGAGAGAGACGAGAAAGAAGACGAACUCGAAGAGCUUCACGAAAGGCUAGAAACCCUCGAAGGCGAAAAGGACAACCAGCUGAAAGCAUUGCAACGACAACUGGAAUCAUUUGAGCGGUCAAAGAAGGAGGAUCUUUCGGCAUUGGAAGAAAGGAUUCGACUAAAGGAUCUAGACAUCAAGUCUUUGGAACGCCAGGUCGAGUCUGCCGAACGUGAGAAGCAAAGCGAGGUCGAUGCACUUCUCGACCGUGUGAGGAUUGCCGAGGCUUCUGGCGGAAAUCAGGCCCAACUUGCCCAGCAAGCUGCCAAUGAGGCCCGUGAGAAGCUGCAUCAGACGACCCGGGAGAAAGAUGACGAAAUCUACGCUCUUCAAGCCCGUCUAGAUGCGGCUGAAGUCCUAGAAGACAAACUCGAGCAAUGCCAACACCAAUUACGCCAAUACGCCGAUGAUGCGAGACGCCGAGACGCCGUUGAGGAUAGGAGAGAGCAAGAGAUCCAGAAUCUCCGUGAACAGCUUCGUACCUCGGAGCGGAACAUGAGCCCACUAAAGAGACGGAUAGGAGAACGUGAUGGCUCUGAUCGAGAGUUGGAAAGACUUCGAACCACCCUGGCUGAGCGUGAUCACGAGAUUUUCAACCUGAAGCGUGCUGCUGAGAACCAAGCCGCAUCUUUGGAGGAGCUUAAGCGCACUCAACUCGACGCUGCGAGCCGUUCUUCGGAUGCAGAGGGUAUCAAGAGGGCUUUGGAGUUCACCAGGAAAGACCUUGAGCAAAGCCGCAGAGCCCAGGAACAAGCCGAGUAUGCUCUUACCCAACGCACACGCGAACUGGAAUCCGCUCGUCAGUCUCUGGAGGAAUUGAGGCGGUCACAACUCGAAGCCGCAAGCCGCUCUUCGGAUCUUGAGGGUGUCACUAGGGCUCUGGAAUUCACCCGGAAGGAUCUCGAGCACAGCCGGAGGGCUCACGAACAACUCGACGCUACACUCUUCGAGCGCACUCGUGAUCUGGAGGCAGCUCGUAGGUCUUUGGAUGAUCGGACUAGGGAACUGGAGGCUGUCCGUAGGAGCCUUGACCAACGUAUCGUGGAACUCAAUGACAAGAGCAGGGAGCUGGAAACUACCAAGAGAACCUUGGUUGAGCGGACAGAGGAGCUUGAGCUGCUCCGCAGCCACAAGGACGAGCCCGGCACGCAGUUCGAGCUUGUCAACAACCUUGCCCGAGAGCGCGAGCAGGACCUCGACCGUCUCCGAUCCACCGUCAAUGCUCGCGAGAAGGAUCUUGAGGCUGUCCAAAAGCUAGCGAAUGAGAGGCUAAAUGCCAUCAAUGCGCUGCGAGAGCAGCUUGCUCAGUCAAAACAAGAACUUGAGGACGAGAUCGAAGUCUUGAUCGCUGCCGCUGACGAGGCUGACGUGGAGAAGGAGGCACUGGAGUUCAAGGUCACGCAGCUGGAGGAGGAACUCAAGGGCUCCGACCAAAUCCAGAGCAAGAUCGAGCCACUCGAGAAGCGCCUCCGCACCGCUGACCGAGAGAAGGCCAGCCUGCAGUCCGAGAUUGAGUCACUCCAGCAGGACCUUGGCAUCGCAGACAAGGAUCGAGAAUCCCUCCAAGCGCGGGUACGCAAGCUCGCCCAAGAACUUGAGCAGCUUCGCGCUUCUUCCAGCAAGGGACCCGACGUCUCGACUACGGGCGAACGCCGGGACCUGCACGGAGCCGUCAAGUCUGCGCAACUCGAGGCCGAGGAGCUCCGUCUCGAGCUCACGAACCGUGAGAAGCAGCUGUCGGAGCUGCAGACCAGGCUCCGCGAAGACAAGAAGAAGCACCGGACGGCAGAGCUCGAGAACGAGGAGCUCAAGCUCCAAAUGUCGGAGAAGGACGGCGAGCUCGAAGCGUACGCGGCGCGCUUCAAGCGCGAAGGCGGCGCCAACCGUGACGCCAUCAAGAAGCACACGGCCGACCUGAAGGAGCUGCACGAGAUGCUGCGAAACGCGACGCUCGAGGUCGAGGAGCUGCAACUCGCCCUCGCCGAGCGCGACGCCCAGCUGGACGCGGCCACCAAGGACUCGCGCCAGAAGGAGCGCAAACUCAAGACGCUCCAGCUGCAGGCCGACGCCAGCGGCGAUGCCGUCGAGCUCAAGGCCCAGCUGUCGGAGAAGGACAAGCGGCACUCGGGCGAGCUCAAGGGCCUGGCCAAGCAGAUCCAGUACCUCCGCGCCCGGUGCGCGCGCGAGGAGAAGUUCCGCGACGGCUUGGCGUACGAGAAGAGGUUCUUCAUGAUGCAGAUCGAGACGUACAACCAAUGCACUGGAGCCCACCUCCGCCUCGUCGAGGAAAUGGGCAUCACCCCCGACGUCUCCUUCCACAGACGUAAGCCUACCCUCCGCACCGCCGGCCUCGCCGUCAUCGCCGCCGUUCGCAUGCGUAAGAUGCGCGAGGAUUGGGCGGCCAGCAAGAAGCUGCAUGAUGCGCUUGUGAAGAAAUUGGAGAGUAUGAGGAGGGCGGGGAGGGCGAGCGGGAGGGUUGUGAGGUGA